AUUAAUAUUAGUACGAAAUUAAUUAAGAUAUUACUCAGUAUUAUUAUUUUAUGUGAAAUUUUCAAGUGUAAACAACAAGUGAAAUGGGGGUUAGUUUUUCUUUGUGUACCACUACAAUCAAAUGUUUCAUGUGCAGUGUGCUGCUAUCGAGUGUUGUUUCAUGAAAUUUUGGCUUUAAAAAGUUUACGAAUGGAUUUGAAACAUUAGAAACGCAACUUCUUUAUAAGAAAAUCAAUAAUUCUUCAUAACUCGUAAGUUCAGAUGAUCAUUGAAUGGUUUUCUGAUACACCAAGUACAAUGAGUAACAACAAAGAGAAAUCUCUUGUACCAGUUAAGAGAUACAGAAGAGAAGCGAAUGGAAGUAAUGAUUCUGAGUCGGAUGAUGAUUAUGUGCCUUAUGUUCCUGUGAAAGAAAGAAAAAAGCAACAAUUAAUGAAAUUAGGACGUUUAGGGCAGCUCAAAGAAGAUGGUUGGACUGGAAAAAGUAGCAGUGAAAAUGAAAAAGAUGAUGGCGAUGAUGUUGAUGGACAGAUAUGGGGCAGAAAGUCUAAUAUUUCUCUUUUGGAUCAACAUAAUGAGUUGAAAAAAUUAGCUGAAGCUAAAAAAGAAAGUGCUAUGGAAAAACAAUUAAAGGAAGAAGAAAAAAUAUUGGAAAGUGUUGCUGAGAACAAAGCUUUGAUGGGUGUGGCAGAGUUAGCCAAAGGUAUUGAGUACACAGAUCCUAUUAAAACCAGUUGGAAGCCUCCAAGAGUCGUACUUGCUCUAAGUGAAGCAAGGCAUGAUAGGGUAAGAAGAAGAUUUGGCAUCACAGUCGAAGGAGAUGAUGUUCCUCCUCCACUACGUAGUUUCAAGGAAAUGAAGUUUCACAAGUGCAUUCUGUCUGGUUUAGACGAGAAGGGAAUCAAAAAGCCAACACCCAUACAAAUACAAGGCAUACCGGCAGUAUUAGCUGGAAGAGAUAUUAUAGGAAUUGCAUUCACUGGUAGUGGUAAGACGUUAGUUUUUGUACUGCCUAUCAUAAUGUUUUGUUUGGAACAAGAAGUUGCCUUACCUUUUGGCAGGAAUGAAGGACCUUAUGGAUUAAUUAUAUGUCCAUCCAGAGAGUUGGCAAAGCAAACAUACGAAAUUAUACAACACUACACAAAUUCUCUGAGGCAAGCUCGCUGCCCUGAAAUUCGAAGUUGUCUUGCUAUUGGUGGAGUACCAGUAUCAGAGUGUUUAGAUAUAAUUAACAGGGGAGUUCAUAUAAUGGUUGCAACUCCUGGUCGACUCAUGGAUAUGUUGGAUAAAAAAAUGGUGAAACUUAGUGUUUGCAGAUAUCUGUGUAUGGAUGAAGCCGAUCGUAUGAUUGAUAUGGGUUUUGAAGAGGAUGUUCGUACAAUAUUUUCAUACUUUAAAGGUCAGAGGCAAACACUUUUAUUCUCUGCUACUAUGCCGAAAAAAAUUCAGAAUUUUGCUCGUUCUGCACUUGUGAAACCUGUAACGAUUAACGUUGGACGAGCUGGAGCUGCUUCCAUGAAUGUUAUCCAAGAAGUCGAGUAUGUGAAACAAGAAGCCAAGAUUGUGUAUCUUUUGGAGUGUUUGAAGAAAACAUCUCCUCCAGUUCUUAUAUUUGCCGAGAAAAAGCAAGACGUUGAUGCUAUUCAUGAAUAUCUAUUAUUAAAGGGUGUCGAGGCAGUGGCCAUUCAUGGUGGAAAGGAUCAGGAGGAAAGAUCGCGAUCUGUGGAUGCAUUUAGAGCUGGGAAAAAAGACGUUUUGGUAGCCACAGAUGUAGCUUCCAAGGGUUUGGAUUUUAUUAACAUCCAACACGUUAUAAAUUACGACAUGCCAGAUGACGUGGAAAAUUACGUCCACAGAAUUGGUAGAACUGGUCGUUCUGGGCGUACGGGUAUAGCGACGACGUUCAUAAAUAAGGCCAAUGACGAAUCUGUUCUUCUAGACUUGAAACACUUGCUCAGAGAAGCAAAACAGAAAAUACCUCCCUUCCUACAGGAAUUGUGCUCAGAAAACGAAAAGUACCUCAAUGUUGGAGACGAACAAGGAUGCAGUUACUGCGGUGGUCUUGGCCACAGAAUCACAGAGUGUCCAAAGCUAGAGGCUAUUCAGAGCAAACAGGCGUCGAACAUCGGUCGUCGCGAUUAUUUGGCGAGUAACGCUGCAGAUUAUUAAGGUCUUUUUUUCAUCAGAGAAUUUAUAAACUUAUGAUUAUUCUUAAAAAAACUUGUUGAUGCAUAUUUCAACAAGAAUUUACAUUUGUUUAUUCGCUUUAGACUACAAAAACACUAAUAUCUACCCUUGUAUUUUUUCGUUAAUACUCUACAAAUUGUACAUACUAUGAUUUGCCAAAAAAAGAGUUGGUUCAAUGCAACCAAUCACAUGUAGAUUUGGCAUCAAAACCAAGACCCGAUCUUUUUUAUUAAUUCGAUUUUUAUUGCUUGAAAGUAUUUGUUCAAAAUAACAAAACACACUGACGUUAAUUAAAGAACCCGUAAAUUAUCAAUGACACAUUUUUUAUGCAAUUUGACGUUUUAACGAUAAACAAGUCCUUUUUAAUGCUCCCAAGUUUCUCAAGAACGCAGCUCGAGUGAGCACUUUGCAAUGUAAGAUAUAAACAAUAUGCAUGGUAUUUUUCUUUGAGCAAAUGAAAAAAAAAAAAUUGUACAUAAAUUGUAAAUAAAGAAAUCUUUCACGUCAUUCUUUCGCAAACAAAUACAUCUUUAGAUCAAAGGCUCCCCGGUCCAAAUAAAAAAAAAUGACUCAUCCU